AUGGUGUUUCCAGUUUGUAAUAAUCUGGGACUCCUCAAUGGGCUCAAGAUUGUCGUGAGAAUUCAAUACAACCAUAAGCUAAGGAAGUCAUUGGAAAAUGGGCCUAAUGAUUCCAACAGAUUUACAAAACAGAUGGAGCUAAAUAUGGAAAAGGAUAGAAAUUACACUUCAGUGAUCAUAUUUUUUCUUCUGGGACUCACAGAUGACAAAGAACUGCAGCUUGUUCUCUUUCCAGUCUUCCUAGGAGUCUAUCUGGUAACACUGUUCUGGAACCUAACUCUGAUCAUCUUAAUCAGAAUGGACUCCCAUCUACACACACCCAUGUACUUUUUUCUCAGUUGUCUUUCAUUCCUAGACAUCUGCUUUACUACUUCCAUCAGCCCGAGGAUGCUUUCAGAUUUCUUCAAAGAUGAAAAAUCAAUUUCCUUCGUUGCCUGUGCCACCCAGUAUUUUGCUGUAUCUUGGAUGGGUCAAGCUGAGUACUGCCUCUUGGCUGCCAUGGCCUAUGACAGAUAUGUGGCUAUUGGGAACCCUCUACAAUACUCAGCCAUCAUGGCGCCAGGAUUCUGUCAGAAGAUGGUUGCUGGGGCCCUUGGAAGUGGUUUACUUUGCAGUAUAGUAGAAACUGUCCCUUGUUUUAAUAUGUAUUUCUGUGGGCCAUAUGUCAUCCAACAUUUCUUCUGUAACAUAUCUGAGAUUAUUAUCUUGUCUUGUUCCAAUCGCUUCAUCACCGAGACAAUUCUUUUCCUUGCUGCUGUGCUUGUUGGGUUUGGGUCUUUACUCUUUAUACUACUGUCUUAUGGCUUCAUCACAGCUUCCAUCCUGAAGAUAUCCUCAAUGAAAGGUAGUCUCAAAGCCUUUAAUACCUGUGCCUCUCACUUGGCAGUGGUGACCCUUUUCUAUGGCACAGCUCUUGCUGUUUACAUGCAUCCAAAUUCUGACCACUCUGAGAAGCAGGAUAAAUUCCUUUCAGUGUUCUAUAUUAUUCUUACGCCCAUGUUAAAUCCUCUUAUCUACAGUCUGAGAAAUAAAGAGAUCAAAGAAGCUCUUCAGAGGAUAAUAAAGAGGGCUACUCAUUUUUCUUAG